AAUAAUCGCCGAAAAUAAGUUUUUUGUUUCAAUUUCAAUUUAUUGGAAAUUACAUGAAAACUAAAUGAUGUUGCGCCAAACGCUGCCGCGGAACACCCGCUCACAAGGGCUGGUUAGACAAAUGGCCGUUAUGGCCAAAUCGCUAAAGUAUACACAAUAUGGUGAGCCGCAGGAUGUGUUGCAUCUGGUAGAAACACAACUGGCGGAUCCAAAGGACAAGCAGGUGCUGGUGAAAAUAUUGGCUGCUCCAAUAAAUCCCGCCGACAUCAAUACCAUACAGGGUAAGUACCCGGUGAAGCCGAAAUUUCCGGCGGUUGCUGGCAACGAGUGCGUCGCCGAGGUGAUUUGUGUGGGCGACAAGGUCAAAGGACUGCAGCCAGGCGAACAUGUUGUGCCUCUGACAACUGGACUGGGCACCUGGACCACCCAUGCUGUCUACAAUGAGGAUCAGCUUUUGGCUGUUUCCAAAAACGUGGGACUGGCUGAGGCAGCCACUAUAACCGUUAAUCCAUGUACAGCCUAUCGGAUGCUCAGGGAUUUUGUGAAGUUGUCACCGGGGGACACGGUCAUACAGAAUGGCGCCAACAGCGCCGUAGGCCAGGCGGUGCAUCAACUGUGCAGGGCUUGGAACUUGAGGAGUGUGGGAAUAGUGCGCGAUCGACCAGAAAUUGGGGAGCUCAAGCAACAACUAGAGUGUUUGGGCGCCACAGUCGUGCUAACGGAAGCAGAGGUACGCACCACGGACCUAUUCAAAUCGGGUACCUUGAAAAAACCAAAGCUUGCUUUUAAUUGUGUCGGGGGAAAGAGCGCUACAGAAGUAACGCGCCAUCUGGACAAUGGCGGCAUUAUGGUUACCUACGGAGGAAUGUCACGCGAACCGGUUACGGUAGCCACUGGCCCACUCAUCUUUAAGGAUAUUGCAUUUCGUGGAUUCUGGAUGACGCGCUGGUCCAAGGAAAAUUAUGACGCACCUGAGCGUCUUCAAAUGUUUAAGGAGCUCUGCGAACUCGUAGAGCAAAGGAAGUUUGUGGCACCACCACAUGAAAUGGUGCCGUUGGACAAGUUUAAGGAGGCAGCGUCAGCAGCUCUCACCUUUAAGGGAUUUACCGGCAAGAAGUACAUACUGAACAUGAGUUAAUGAGUAUACAGUCAAAGCGUAGCCUUUUUUGUUUAUUUUUAAAUGUGUGUAGAUACUGGUUGAACCUAAAAAUUGUCUAUAAUUAAAUAUCGCUAAUUCAUCUCGA